AUGGCUAGCCCGUCGCCGCAGAAUAGUCCGAUGCCGCCGCCACAGGCGCCGAGUCCUAUGGGACCGCCAACUCAGAGCCCGGCUCCGCCGCACUCGCCUCACAGCCCCUAUAAUCAACAACAUGUGAAUGGACCACCACCUUCUCAUCCUGCCGGCUCUGGACAGCCUCCAAUCUCGAAUCAUAUGCCGCCGUCUGGUCCCCCGCACAACAUUGCCCCUAAUGCUAAUGGUCCUCCUGGAGUGCCCCAACAUCCUAAUAUGCCUCCGGGUGGCCAUCAAAUGCCUGCGCAUAUGGUUGGACCUCACAUGUCUGGGCCACCAGGUCAUGGUGGACCAGGUCCCAAUGGACAUUCAAACAUGCCUGGGGCCCCUCAGCACCCUAAUAUGCCCGGUCAAGGUGCACCCCAUGGAUACAUGCAACAUCAAAUUGGCCACUUGCCCCCAAACCAGGCGCCAAUGGGUAUGGGCGGAGGACCGCCGCCACCUGGAGGGCCUCAAGGACCACCCGGUAUGCCCAUGCCCCGUGGGGGCCCACCACCGCAUGGAGGCCAUCCGCAAGGCAUGCCGCCAAUGCCACCGCACCACAAUAUGAUGGGAGGAUAUGGCCACCCAGCUCCUUCUCCGGGCGGUUCUACUCCGCCCGCAUCUGCAAGCAGUGGUGCGCCUCCACCGGGCCAACAACAACCCCCAACAGCACAAACGCCACCACACGGAUCUGUUCCGCCACCUUCGACAUCAGCAGCCAAUGGUGCGCCGUCUUCUUCGCCCAUGCAAGGUUCACUUGCUGCAGCUGGACCAGAUAACCUAAACGCCUUACAGCGCACCAUAGACUCGAUGGAGGAGAAGGGCAUGCAAGAUGAUCCCCGGUAUUCGCAGCUGUUAGCCAUUCGGGCACGUAAUAGCCCCCACUUUUCCAAUACACAAUUGAAUCAAUUGAAGGCGCAGAUUGCGGCCUACAGAAAUUUAGCGCGUAAUCAACCGAUAACUCAGCAAAUAGCGUUAAUGGCGACUGGUAAGCGAACAGGUGAUUCGCCACCGGAAUGUCCAACACCGCCAGCACAACCACCAUCGCCGUAUGGUGGCAGUAGCGGGGCUUCGCAGGGAUCUGGACCCGCGGGUGCAGCCGGCUUGGGAUACGCUGGUGCAGCGGAGCCCGCUCGCGGUGGUGGUGGUGCACCUCCCACGCCAUUGCCAAUGACGGGUCAGAUGGCACCCCCAACACAACCUACGCCGCCUCUCGUCAAUCCGCCAAUUGGUGGUGCACCUGCCGUGAGACCAGGCGGCCCAGUUCGACCUGCUGGGCCCACCGCACCUGGAGGUCAGCCUGCACAGCCCGGUGCACCGACUCCUGUAGCUAAACAGAACCGGGUGACGAGCAUACCCAAACCAGUGGGAAUUGACCCGCUGCUGGUGCUGAAUGAACGAGAGAAUAGAAUCGCAGCGCGCAUCUCCCAUCGCAUGGAAAUGCUGUCCAGUCUACCGGCUAACAUCCCGGACGAUCUAAGAUUGCAAGCACAGAUCGAGCUGAGAGCUCUUCGUCUGCUUAACUUCCAAAAGCAGUUGCGUUCAGAGAUAUUGGGACAAGUCCGCCGCGACACUACCUUGGAAACGGCGGUGAACAUCAAGGCGUACAAGCGGACUAAGAGGCAAGGCUUGCGAGAGGCUCGCGCUACUGAAAAGCUGGAAAAGCAACAGAAACUCGAAGCGGAGAGGAAGCGAAGGCAGAAACACCAAGAGUUCUUGCAAACUGUGUUGCAGCAUGCAAAGGACUUCAGAGAGUACCACCGCAACAAUAUUGCGAAAUUAUCGCGCAUUAACAAGGGUAUUAUGAACUACCACGCGAACGCUGAACGCGAACAGAAGAAGGAACAAGAGCGAAUCGAGAAGGAGCGUAUGAGACGUCUUAUGGCAGAGGACGAAGAAGGUUAUAGGAAGCUUAUUGACCAAAAGAAAGACAAGAGAUUGGCGUUCCUCCUAUCACAGACGGACGAAUAUAUCGCCAGUCUCACGGAGAUGGUGAAACAGCACAAGCAGGAGCAGCGCAAGAAACAGCAAGAAGAAGAGCGUAGGAAACGGAAAUCAAGAAAGAAGAAGGUACUCGAAGGCGGUGACAUUGACGCGCUCGAUGACAGUUCACAGACCUCCGACUCACGCGUCGGCGUCAUGGACCCUAAAACGGGAGAGAUACUGCGUGGUGAGGAAGCGCCCUUAUUGUCGCAACUCAAAGACUGGAUGGAUACGCACCCUGGCUGGGAGGUGCUGUCAGACUCGGACGACUCGGGAGAUGACAGCCAGGAUGAUGAGCACAGGAGCAAAAGAGACAGACAUAGAGAUGAAAGAAGCGAUAAAGAGAAGAGUGACGAAGAGAAGGCACGGGAGAUGAUCAAGAAGGCGAAGGUAGAGGACGACGAGUAUAAAACAGAGGAACAGACAUACUACAGUAUCGCCCACACGGUUCACGAAUCUGUCACGGAGCAAGCGAGCAUUCUCGUUAAUGGAAAUCUUAAGGAAUACCAAAUUAAGGGUCUUGAAUGGUUGGUGUCGCUAUUCAACAACAAUCUUAACGGUAUCUUGGCGGACGAGAUGGGUCUGGGUAAAACCAUCCAGACCAUUGCGCUAGUUACAUACCUGAUGGAGAAGAAGAAGGUCAACGGUCCGUUCCUCAUCAUCGUACCGCUUAGUACACUCUCCAACUGGGUGCUGGAGUUCGAGAAGUGGGCGCCAACUGUGCAAGUGGUGUCUUACAAGGGUUCGCCUCAGUCGCGUCGUCUCGUCCAGACACAGAUGCGCUCUGCCAAAUUCAACGUCCUUUUAACCACCUAUGAAUACGUUAUCAAGGAUAAGGGUGUACUUGCUAAGGUACAAUGGAAGUACAUGAUAAUCGACGAAGGUCACCGAAUGAAGAACCACCAUUGCAAGUUGACCCAAGUGCUGAACACUCACUACGUGGCCCCGCACCGCUUGCUGCUGACCGGUACACCGCUGCAAAACAAGUUGCCAGAGUUGUGGGCGUUGCUCAAUUUUCUCCUACCCUCCAUCUUCAAGAGCUGCUCUACGUUCGAGCAGUGGUUCAACGCGCCUUUCGCUACUACCGGAGAAAAGGUGGAACUUAACGAGGAAGAGACGAUUCUUAUCAUCCGUCGUUUGCACAAAGUAUUGCGUCCCUUCCUGUUAAGGCGUCUCAAGAAGGAGGUGGAAAGUCAGCUUCCAGAUAAGGUCGAAUACAUCAUUAAGUGUGAUAUGAGCGCCCUUCAAAGAGUUUUAUACAAACACAUGCAGUCAAAAGGUGUUCUGCUUACUGAUGGCUCAGAGAAGGGAGGUACCAAGGGUAAGGGUGGCGCUAAGGCGUUGAUGAACACCAUCGUGCAGCUCAGAAAGCUAUGCAACCAUCCGUUCAUGUUUCCACACAUCGAGGAGAAGUUCUGCGACCAUGUAGGGGGUGGUGGUGGUGUCGUCUCUGGCCCUGACCUUUACCGAGUAUCUGGUAAAUUUGAACUUUUGGACCGCAUCCUACCGAAACUAAAGCAAACUGGGCACAGGGUGCUGGUCUUCUGUCAAAUGACGCAAUGCAUGACGAUCAUUGAAGACUAUCUCUCGUGGAGAGGCUUCCAAUACUUACGAUUGGACGGUAUGACAAAGGCCGAGGACCGUGGGGAACUGCUGAAGAAAUUCAACGACGUCGACUCGGAGUACUUCCUUUUCUUACUGUCGACGCGCGCUGGCGGUCUAGGUCUCAAUUUGCAGAGCGCUGACACAGUCAUCAUAUUUGACUCCGACUGGAAUCCGCAUCAGGACCUGCAAGCUCAAGAUCGUGCUCAUCGUAUCGGUCAACGAAACGAGGUCCGCGUGCUCCGUUUGAUGACCGUUAACUCUGUGGAAGAAAGAAUUUUGGCAGCAGCCAGAUACAAAUUAAACAUGGACGAAAAAGUAAUUCAAGCUGGAAUGUUUGAUCAAAAGUCGACUGGAUCGGAACGGCAGCAGUUUUUGCAGAGUAUUCUUCACCAGGACGGCGAUGACGAAGAGGAAGAAAACGAGUUGCCAGACGAUGACCUAAUAAACGAGAUGAUAGCGCGUUCCGAAGAAGAAUUAGAGAUCUUCAAGCAAAUAGACAUAGAGCGCAAGAAACAAGAGACACAUUCGCGUCUUAUAGAUGAGUCUGAGUUACCAGAUUGGCUGGUUAAGAAUGACGAUGAGGUCGUUUGCAAUAAGGGUCAAGGCUGGAGUUAUUUGGAGGAAGAUGAAACUCUCGGGCGUGGUUCUAGACAGCGCAAGGAGGUAGACUACACCGAUUCUCUAACUGAGAAGGAGUGGCUUAAAGCAAUAGAUGACGAGUUUGAAGAAGAGGAAGAAGAAGAUGACGAUGACGAAGUGCUAGAUAAGAAGAGGAAAAAAGGACGGAAGAGACGCCGCAACCAAGAAGACUCAGAGGAAGACGAGGCGCCCUGUUCCACAAAGAAGAAAAGUAAAACUGAAAUCAAUCAGCUAAAGAGACGACUAAAGAACAUUAUGAAGAAAGUUAUUGACCACACUGAUGAGAACGCCCGCGUGUUGUCCGAACCAUUUAUGAAACUACCAUCCCGAAGAGAGCUGCCAGACUACUAUGACGUUAUCAAGAAACCGCUUGACAUUAAAAAGAUUAACAACAGGAUUGAGGACGGAAAGUACAACGACAUAUCUGACUUAGAAAGGGAUUUCUUUACGCUAUGCGCGAACGCCCAGACGUACAACGAAGAAUCGUCGCUAAUCUACGCGGACUCGGUGCGCCUGCGCAACGUAUUCAUCGAUAUACGUCGUAAAUAUGAGAGCGGACAAAACUCAGACGAUUCAGAUGAUAAUGAAAAAGACGAAGAAGACUCCGACGGCGAAGAUAACCGUUCCGUCAAAAUGAAGAUAAAGCUUGGAAAAGGCAAAAGUAAGAGUGCCCCCAAAAAGCGUAAACAGCGCAAGUAUAUUUCGGAUGACGAGGACUAUGAAGAAGAUUAG